AUGGACUCGUCACGCAACAGGUCAAGGCCGUCGUCGGCAGCCACUCGCCGUCAGCAACGUGACUCUGUUCGGAGGAGGUCGCCUAGCGUUGUCUCCAGCGCCUCACACGGCAGCCGCACCGAGGAAAGCUACGACCUGGAAGAAUUCCACGUCGCAGAUGGCUUUCGCCCGACCGAUGAGUCUUCCCAGUCCGAAGGCUCUCCACGCAUACCGGACCAGUCAGCACGGCAGCCGCUGUCACAGGUCCACACCAACAACUCCUCCACAAACUUCCCCGCUCCUCAACAACAGAAACAGUCCGACACCUUCGCUACAGACACCACCCCCGAGAACGGCAUCCGUCCUCGCCCCUCGAGUAUUUCCAAGUCUCACCGUCCCCAUGAGUCUCUCACACUGCGCAACGAUGGCUCCAGCGCCGGUGCCGCCAACCGCGACGGCCCCGUACAGCUGUCGGCGGCCUCGAUAGCGGCCACCGGCAGCGCCGGCCCUUCUCACCCCUACAACGACUACGUACAGGGGACCAGCACCGAAGCCGCCGCUGGCCCCACCUCCAACUCCCAGAACGCCCGCCAGGGGGACUACAGCGGGCCCUCGAGACCGACGCACCCCUACAGCCUCUAUCCCCAGAGCACAGAACCUCUACCCGACACCACCGCUGAGGCCAUUCCCGUCGGUUUCGCUGGACUGGGAGGAGGCUAUCAGCGCCAGGUUGGACCCGACGGGGAGUCGGGCGAUCUCAUCGGACCAAUGGGCCACCUGGAGGAGCUACCCCCCUACACCAGUCAGAGCCCACACGGUGACGAGGCUGCUGAUGAGGGGCAGAAUGGACUGACGGUCACACGCUCAGUGCAGUCUCGUGGCAGCCGUGAAGAGUCGGAUUCUACCAGGUCAGGCUCGAGUGACGGGCCGAAGGACUACGAAGAGCAAGAUCCGCGGAGUAGCAUGCCCAAGUGGAAGAGGAGGGCCAGGACCAAGGUGCUGGGCAUCAUCCCCUGCUGGGCCAUAUGCCUGCUCGUCUUCGCCCUGUUUGUCGUGGGUAUCAUCAUGGGCGCCGUGCUGGGCGUCCUCCUGGCCGGCCGGCCGGACAAGAAGCCGAACUCUCAAGAGAGCCAGAUGAAGGCGAAGCUGUCGUCGUCAUCGGAUGUGGAGCCCCUAGACAGCCUACCGUCCUACGUGCAGGCGCUGACUACGGGCUGCUUUGACCUGGAGCCGCUAGACCUGCGCGCGGCGCCUCGGACGUGCUUCCAGGAGCCGACACAGUCACGUUCGUGGAGCUGCGACGUGCCCCAGCGCUACUACACGAUCGACAUGGCCAAGGACCCGGCCGCGCCCCCAGUGGCCGACUACACGAUGCGCCUCAAGCUGGUCAACCAGACGGAUCGGUCUUACUACUGGGGCACGCAACCACCCAACAUCAUCUCACCGGCUAACCUGCAGCUCGUCAACGACACGUUUGAGCAAGACAGGGGACCGGCGUGGUGGUUUCAGAUGCCGUACCCGAAGAAGGUCCUCGUCCCCGGCAGCAGCCUGUCUGCCGACUCAAGCAGUAGCAGCAGCAGCAGCAAGCGAAGCAUCGCCAAGCGCAGCGACGAUGACUGGGACGCGUGGACCUCGGUGAUGCUCUCGUCUACAGCGCGCUCCUCCUCGUCGGAACCCGGCCCUGAAGACGGCGACGUAGCCUGGCUAUGCACAUGGCCCAACGUGACGAUGGAGGUGUUCAUCUAUCCCAACCAAGACAGCUCUGUCUCAUCGUCGUCGUCAUCAACGACGACGACGACAUCGUCAGCCGCAGCCGCGGAGUCGACGGGGUCUACAUCGACAGACAGCACUGUGCAGGUACCAGACAACGUCCCCCCGUACCCCAAGGUGGUCAAGAUGCUCGAGCGACGACUAUACGCGGACGACGACCAGGUGGCGGCGGUGUGCAAUCAGAUCCGCAUCACGGAUGGCGGACGCAACAGCGAGAAUGUGCUCGAUGACUCCGGCGAGCCCGUGACGAUCAACAUUGCCGAGAAGAAGAGCUCAUACGAGGAUCUCCUCAAGCAGCAGGAGCGCAGUCGCCACCCGACCAGGAACGUGGUCGAUGAGCACGAAGCUGGACUGUAUCCUCGUGAGACGGUCGAGUUGACUGAUUGCAGUUGUCUAUGGUGGUCUCAGUGA